UGCUCUCUGUUAAGCCGGGUUUUGCCCUGUAGCCAGCACGUUAGCUGAUGCUCUAGAUAUGGAAGAAACAGUGGGGAUUGUCCGCGUUUCCAAACAUUUUAUUUGCACGAAAAGGCUUGCUUCACUGUAUCAAAUGCGGUUAAAAAAUCGGUCUAUUAACAGGCAUUAAUAACGCGAUUCCUUUUAAAUGAAGUAACUAGCGUUAAGCUACCAGUUAGCUGUUUACCCAUCUAACCUGCUCAUGCCUCCGUAAUAAACUAACAUCGCCUCUUUGUCUUUGUGGUUAAUUUAGUGUAAAACAACUGAAUUUUAUCCUAUUUAUGCACACAAACCUGCUGCUUUAGGCUAAGGACGGACUGUAGUACUGUAUUUCUGCAGCUCAUGGAUGGACAGUAGCGAUGGUGAACAGACGAAUUCAGUGUUCCCCUGUCUUCGCUGGCUCUCCUGGUCCCACCACUCCGGCUGAUGUCUGCUGUGAUGUGGGAAGUGGUGCGCCAGCGGAACAUAAAGCACUAUGGGAAACUGGAGGAGUUUGUGUCCAUGGUAACAGAUGCAGUUCCUGAACUGAUGAGUAAGAGGGAAGGGAGACUUCUCUCACUGGGUCUGAGAGCAAGGACAACUCUUGAACUGCUGCGUUCUGAACACCCUGAAGAUCUCAAGGCGGUUCAGAGCCACCUUAACCGAAUCCAAUCUUCCUGCAUCGAGGAGACCAAUGAUCCUGUAAUUGAAGCACCAGAGGCAAACUUUAUGAAGUUGGUGCAAGGCCUCAUUGAAGACACGGAUGGCAGAGAACACUUUCUCAAGAAUGUGUUUCCUGUGGAGUACGGCCCUGACUUUGAUACGGCGCUCGAGACCCUAGUUUGUGAGUUUUUCACAAGACUCGAGGAGCUGCUGCCAAUACCAGAUUUCAAACAGACUGCAUCCUGGAUUAGCGCGGCCCCUUCAGUCCUAGAGGAGUAUAUGCAGUGCGUGUCCAACGGAGAGGACCUUAAAUUUCUUCUCCAGAGUAAACAGUGCCACGGGAAAUUAGCAAAGAGCAGCGUUGCUCCAUUUCAGUCAGAUGAUCUUCUGAUCCCCUCGCUGUCUCUCCCUCCAUCUCUGGAAGUAGCCAUCGCUUCCCACCCGAGCGCUUGUGAUGAUGAAAAUAAUGACGUCCCUCAGAUUGUCAUGUUUGACGAAGAGCUAUCCACAAACCCUUCCACCUCAGCUGACUUUCCCGAAUCUCCAAAACGGGCCGAUGUUACUUCGUCUCCACGCAGGAGACAGCAGUCAGGAAUCCAUAAAUGCCCCGAGUGCGACAAGUGCUUCAAGCAUCACUCUGUCCUCAUUGAACAUCAGAGAGUCCACAGCGGGCUGCAGCCCUACAACUGCUCUGAGUGCGGGAGGGCUUUCCGAACAGCCACUCUGCUCGCUGGACACAGGCUGCGGAAAUGCAAAAAUGCGGCAUAUCUUUGCAUCAAAUGCGGGAACAGUUUUCCAACGUCGUUGGACAAAUUCAGACAUCAUUGCCCGAAACGGGGACGUAACUACGACUGCGGGCAGUGUGGAAAGAGUUUUCCAAAGUCCAGCAGCCUGAAGGAACAUCUGCUAACUCAUGUUCAAAGCCGCCUUUUCAAGUGUAGCCACUGCGGGAUUGGUUUUUCAGGAAUAGGUGACCUGAAGUACCAUCAGCGAGUCGAUCAUGAGAAGCCUUAUCAGUGUAAGCAAUGUGGAAAGAGCUUCAUCUCCUCAAAGAGUCUGGACAAACACCAACAAAGGCAUGAAGAGGUUGGUGAAAUGGACACCCUCAAGUUAAUGAGUGGAGAUAAACACAGGAAAAGUGGCUCGAGCCAUCGGACAUCAGUGUCUCUUUCCUCCAGGAAGAGGUCUGUCAAAGCAGUCUACCAGCGAGGAAGAGUCACCCAUAACUGUCCGCUGUGUGGCAGGAGCUUCAAAUAUCGCUUUGAGUUUCUUGAACACCAGAGGUUCCACACAGCUGUGAAGCCUUACAAAUGCUCUCAGUGUGGAAAAGCCUUCCGCACUGAGGCUCACCUGUCUGGGCACAGGAAGAGGAAGUGUAAAAACGCCGCCCACAUUUGCACCAAGUGUGGGUGCCAGUUCAGGUCCAUGCACGAGCGCGUCAGACACCAGUGUGUCCAAUUGCUGACGAAAUAUGAAUGCUCUCAUUGCGGGAAGACCUUCAAGAUGGCUCAUCUGCUGAGGAACCAUCAGAUGAGUGAACAUCAGCUCCCCUACAGCCCCAACCACCGCUUCAGGUGUAGAUACUGUAACGAGACCUUUCCUGGGAUCAGCGAGCUCAAGUACCAUCAGAGGGUUGACCACGAGAAACCGUAUCAGUGUCAGGAAUGCGGCAAAUGUUUCCUCUCCGAAAAAUGCCUGGCCAAUCACGAGCUCCGCCACAACGACGACAGACCGGAGAGCUGCCUGGUGUGCGGGCGCGGCUUCAGAAACCGCUACGAUUUGAAGCAGCACAUGCGCACUCACACGGGAGAGCGGCCCUACCAGUGCACUCACUGCUCGCAGUGCUUCUCCACGGCCGGAGGACUGAGGAGUCACACCAGGGUUCACACGGGCGAGAAACCGCACGUUUGCCCAGACUGCGGGAAGGCUUUCUCCCAGAUGGGGGCGAUGCGCACGCACAGGCUCACUCACACGGGAGAGAGGCCGUUCAAGUGCACGGUCUGUGGCAAAGGUUUCACAAUGGCGCACAAAGUCACAGUUCACAUGCGCGUGCACACGGGGGAGCGGCCAUACGUGUGCUCCCAGUGUGGGAAGGCCUUCUCGGACGGAAGCGUGUUGAAGCAGCACAUGCUGAACCACUCGGGGGUGCGACCGUAUCGCUGCCAGAUCUGCCCCAAGACUUACACCUGUCUGAACCACCUGAGGAGGCACCUGAAAAGCCACUCGAACAUGAGCUGAAGCAGGCAUGAAGGAAAACUGACAUUAUCUAAGAAACUUUCAAUGGACCAACUAAACCAAGCAAUACGGGAAUGAUGCCGAUUGGCUGUUGUAGAAAGUGAGGCGAGGAGAUUCGGCUCCUGUUCUUCAUCCAUUAGUUCGAGAUUGUUCCAACCAGCACAAACAAAUUCUUCCCUCUUUUCCCAUCUGCUUUGGUUGUUUUGUUUUGUUUUGUUUCUUUGUAUAUCAGUUUCUCAUGCGUGAAUGCAAUGAGAUGUUAGUUGGAACUUACUUUUCCAGAGCUCCCUAAUAGUUACAGAGAUAAAUAUUUGUCUGAACUUCUGAUUAUUGAUCCUGAUUCUUAGUGUCGUGCUACAGUUGGUUGUGACAGUUGUUAGACCCAGCUCUCGAUCACCGCAUUUGUGAAAAUGAUGAGGUUACUGUGAUUAACUGACCGGGGCAGACUGCAGCUCUGUUGAUGAUAAGAUUCAAUGCUGGCUCCUAAACAUCACAAUCCCCCCUGCAGCUAAGCUGACAGUUAAGUUGGAUGACAAAGCAUAGAUAUAAAGGGUUCAGCAGAGAUUCGUUGCUACGUUGCACAUUUGAGAGCACAGGGGCAUAAAUCCCUCUUCGGAGCUGGAGCCAAAUGACUUUAAGCCAGGAAAUUUGACUCACAUGUUGGCCCUUUGUAUUUGUUAACUUAGUUUGGGUUUGGGUUUAAAUUGGCCUUUUUUUUGUUUUUACAAUUGUAAUCACACAGAAGCUUCUCCUCCCUUUCCUAAGUCAUGAGUAACCGCCAUGUCUAAUAUAUAUUGGUUGUCUAAUAAGAAGCAGUCGUAGGAAUGCCAGAGACCAAAAGGGCAAAUGUGAUUAUUUGAGAUUGCAGUUUGUCGUACGAGGGAUGUAAUUUUUAGGAGGCAAGACUCAGUUGUUUAGUAAAUGUUUGCAGUAAAAGCUAGAGUAAAUACUGAACAGAGCUGCAGCAGAGUCGGGUCCUGUGUGGAUUGUCAGUGCUUUCUUGGCUAAUGUUAGGAGUCAGCUAAGAAUGUGCCAUGUGAAGUGUCACCUCAGGUGCUACCAGAGCAUUUAACCAUUAUAUCUGGUCUACACAAACACCAGCUCUGCUUCACAUGGAUCAGGGGAGACGGGUAAAAGGAGUUCAGAGAAUAUUUUGUCACUGAGAUGAUUGGGGUGGGGGGCAUGUGCUGUAUGUCUGAAGUGGAUGAAGAUAUAUUUUGGGAAAAGGAGGUAAAAGUUGCAGAGGUGGAAAAAAAUGUUCUCUGUAAAUAUGCUGGAUGACAAAUAAGUGUGAGUGUGUAAAAGUUAAAAAGCCCAUUUUCUUUUUGUUGUUUUGUUUUUUUCUCCUUAAGCCUUUUGUAUUCUCUCUGUGGUUUGAAAGGUUUGUGAAUUUCAGAUUAAAUUCCCUUCGUUACUCCUUA